AUGAAUAAGACAAGGGCUGUUAAUGAUGUUUUUCAUUUCCUGAUCAACAAGAACUGGAGCUCAAGCCGAAGCUUUCCUAUGAACAUUUCUAAUCAGUGCAUGAACAUCACUGACCUUACUGUCUUUCUGGCCACCUCUUACAGCUUGGAGACUGUUCUGGGCAUUGUGGGAAACAUCUGUCUGAUUGCUGUCAUUGCCAGGCAGAAGGAAAAGGCAAAUGUCACCAAUAUCCUAAUUUCCAACUUAAUAAUUUCAGACUUGUUUAUGUGUCUUGUCUGCCUGCCUUUCACUGUUGUUUACACCAUGAUGGACUACUGGAUAUUUGGAGAAGUCAUGUGCAAAAUGACCUCUUUCACUCAGUGCACAACUGUGACAGUGUCAAUCCUUUCCCUUGUCCUUAUUGCUCUGGAAAGACACCAGCUCAUCAUAAACCCGACUGGCUGGAGGCCAAAUACCUCCCAAGCCUACCUAGGAAUUGGAGUGAUUUGGACUUUAGCAUGUCUCAUGUCCCUACCCUUUUUGACCACAUCCAUCUUGUCUAAUGAGUUGUAUGAGCAGCUCUCACACUUCAUGAAUUUUUCCACUGAUAAGGCAAUAUGUAUCAACUCGUGGCCUUCUGAGCAGCACAAACUUAUCUACACUACCACUUUACUGCUCUUGCAAUAUUGCAUCCCUCUGUUCUUCAUUAUCCUUUGCUACCUGCGUAUCUACUUACGCCUGCAGAAGAGAAAGGACAUGUUUGAGAAGAGUGAGUACAGCAACCGAGCAGUCCAGCUGAGAAGGAUAAACAUUUUGCUAGCAUCCAUGGUUGCUGCUUUUGCUGUUUGCUGGCUACCACUGCAUGUUUUCAACACCAUUGUGGACUGGAAUUACAAAAUCAUUUCGCCUUGCCACCACAACCUGAUCUUCUCAUUGUGCCACUUGGUAGCUAUGGCUUCUACCUGUGUCAACCCUGUUAUCUAUGGUUUCCUAAACAGCAACUUCAAAAAAGAAGUGAAGUCACUGAUUCUGAGCUGCCAGCAUAAUUCAGUAACUGCCUCAAUGGAAGAAUAUGAUCAUUUGCCUUUAUCCACCAUGCAGACUGAAAUUUCCAAGGGGUCACUGACGUUGAACUGCAGGCACAAUUCUAUCUAAUGAGCAGAAAACAUUUCAGAAGGGUGCACUGACACCACACACCAAUUAUUACCUGUGGGUAUAUAAAGCAACUGGUGAUGCCACAGCUGGGAUGUGAACAGGAAGCCAUCACUACCUGAUUUUUGGAAG